GCUCGUGAAGGGGGUUGAUGGACUGCCGAUCGAAUGCACCGACUGUAAUGUAUGUUGCGUAAUAAAAUAGAACUCAAGAUGAGGCGUGCAAUAAAAGUCUCGACCUCCCAAAUAAGAUGAGAGAAACAAGACUGCUUUCACGAGGAGAGAGGUGAGCGAGCCUUGAUUCUACGGUUGAUUUAAGUCGAAGUCUGCCGAAGCUUUAUCCCAUUUCCCAUAUCUGCAGAAGCCUUGCUGCCCGGCGUGCCCGCCACAUCGAAACUUCGUCCUCCGAGAAUCAACAGCUAACAGUCAAUAGCUUGACGCCACUGUAUUGCCUGUUACUCUUGGAUCGAGUAUCUGAGGGUGCGAAGGUCGCUCCUGGAUGAAAAGUCAAGCCGUCCUGAACAAGAAUUUAGCAAACCGCAUACCAGAGUCCAGACCAACAUAGAGCUCCACCCCCGCAUCAUCGCACAUCCGUCAAAUUUGUCUGAGGGGUUCCCCCAGGCCCCGACUCGGAAACGCACAGGCUCUCUAUCGUCCUCGUACCAAGGACCCGCUGUCACGGCAAAGGAAGGGGAAAGAGAGAAAGGGACGCCUUCCUUGUCCCAUUUCCUCACCAUUAUUAGUUAUCUUCUUAGGCUCGGAAGUUGGCAGCAGAGCUAGUUGUUGGUUACAUUCGCCCACGAGGAAAAACUUAGAAAUACCAAGACAAGAGGGGCGUAGUCUGAACGUUUGAUUCGCCUCGUCAGCCCUCUUAGCAUAUUGUUUCUGCCAUUAAGUUCUACUCACGCCAAAGAAUUGCGGAGAUGGCAUACUCCCAAAAGACGGGAACAUCUAUUGGUGGAUCUGACAUGAAAGAGCAGAUGCUCUGGCUUUCUUCUGUUCUCGGCGGGAUCCUAAUCUGCGUCAUUGUCUAUCAUGUAACGGGUGCAAUCAGUUCUGUGUGCUUCAAGGUUUAUAGCAAGCUGCAGAGUGUUCAAAAGGUGGAGUGGAAUAAUAGGGGCUUCUCUACCGUGCAUGCAUUUAUUGUUGCGGUUGCUGCUUUGCACCUGCUCCUAUUUUCAGAUCUUUUUAAGGAAGAUUUGGGAAAGGGGUAUAUCGUAGACAGGAGAUCCACCUAUUCCAAUACUACUUUUGGGAUUUCAAUUGGUUAUUUUCUUUCUGAUCUUGCAAUGAUCUUAUGGCAUUAUCCAGCUUUAGGUGGCAAAGAGUAUAUGCUCCAUCACGGGCUCUCAUUAUAUUCAAUCAUUCUUGCACUUUUGAGUGGUCAAGCGCACAUGUACAUCCUGAUGGUUUUAUUCUCUGAGAUCACCACUCCAUUUGUUAAUUUAAGAUGGUAUUUGGAUGUCAGUGGGGAGAAAAAAUCCAGGAUUUAUGUCUAUAAUGGUAUUGCUUUAUUUUUUGGAUGGCUGGGUGCUAGGAUCAUUUUGUUCAUUUUUUUCUUCAGGCACAUGUAUGACCAUUUUGAUCAGGUGAAGACUAUUUUCCCGUUGGGCUUCUAUGGCCUGUUAACAGUGCCUCCACUGUUGGCGUUGAUGAACGUCUUUUGGUUUUGGAAGAUUGUGAAGGGGUUGAUAAAAACAUUGUCCAGGUCAAGGCAUCAAAACUGAUAUAGGAAAGUUUGCCUUCUUCAGUGAAUCGACUUGUCUGCUGGCUUAGUUAAGGACGACAGGCUCUCUCAAACACCCGACCUGACCAAUUGAUUGUAUGUUAUCAUAAUCAUUAUACUACAGUUGCUAGAAAUUAGAAGCUAAUAGUAACAUGAAAAUUUAUGCUACUUCUUUCA